UCUCUGUACCCCUCCCCAGCUGGCACUAGCACGUGCCCUCUCUCUCUCAAAAAUAAACAAACAUUAAAAAAAUUAAAAAAUAAUGAGAGAAGUUGGUGUCAUCACCCACAUUGUUAUUUUCGGGCGUGGUGCAGAGGAGCAUCUGAGGUGGCUAAAUGUAAGAAUUCUUUGAAAGUGGCUGAUGUGGUUGGAUACCUGGAUUGCUUUCCUUCCUCCGUGAUGCUUGGUGAUGCCCUCUUCCCUUUAGCUGGACAUUGGGGAUUUAUUCUGCAGAAGAAAAAACCAGGGACCUGUGAAACCCCAGGUAUUCCUGGAGGUGCAUAUGGAGACCACAUUCAUUCCCCAGCCUUCUACUUCCAUUUGGCUUCUCAAACACUGAUGACAGCCAGCCCCCUUCCUUCCAGGUAGGAGCUUAAAAGAGACCUCACUGGGGAACCUGACUGGCCGCAGAGGAAAGAAUUAACGAUGCCAACAACAAGGUUUCCCCAGCAAAUGGCCCAGCCCGAUCAUCUUCAUGAAAACUCACCUGCCCCAGGACUCAGUGCUUCCAGUUAGUUUUUAGGCAUUUACUCUUCCUCAUGAGGAUUACUAAGGAUUAUUAACAUCUGAAGAAGGUGCCUAACGUGAAAGGAAGCAAAACAAAUAGGAAAAAAAAAAAGGCCACUUGGAAGAAACAUGCUAUUUACAGGGAAGAACAUUUUGAAAAAAAUUAGACAUUUUCUCAGAGAUCAGAGAAAUUUUGUAUCCAUGAAGUAAGAACAGGCUGCUACAAAAAAUAUUUUGAGAACAAAAUUAUUAAAAGUUUAAAAAAUGAGGGCAGGACAAAAAUAUCAGAACAAUUAGAGAAUAAAGUUGAAGGAGUUCUUGCAGAAAACAAAAAAGAUGAAGAGAUGGAUAACAGAGUGAAGGAUCACGCAGGGUUUCCGUGUCCACUAAUAGGAGUUAGAGAGAGAGAACAGAGAAAAAAAAAGUACGAAUGGGAAAAUCAUCAAGAAAAAAAAUUUCCUAGGCAGAUAUUGGUUUCCAUCUUGGAAGGACUCCUUGGAUGUUGAACCAAGUGGGUGAAGGUGAACCCAGACCAGUACCCUGAAAUUUCAGUAUGCUGGGGAGAAAGGGAUGAUCCUACAAUUUCAUACAGAGAAAGAAAUGCAUCAGACACACAGAUGGGGAACCUGAGUGGCUUCACGGCUUCUCAAUACGCUGGAAUGUAGAAGAUGUAGAGUGAUGCCUUGUCAUUCUCUGUGAAAUUGAUUCCCAAUUCCGUUCACAUGCUUUUGUUCAAGAGUGAAGGUAGGAUAAACCUGUUUUCAGAUAUAUAGGGUUCGAAAAACUUGCCUUUUGCACUGAAAGUUUUCUCCACCAAGGUGAGCAAAGACUGGAUUUCUCGUGGGCUGUGUCCCAAACUGAGGUAAAGGGAAUUCUGGGUACCAGUCCAGAUCGAAGCAGCUCCGUAAGCUCCAGGAGAGUUUUCUUCUGGAAGAGGAAAUACAAACAGAACAUCUGUUAGCAAACUUACUGAGAGGAGACUUGGACAACUGGCAUUGAAUUUGGGGUUGACUAUGGAUAAAUUUAUAGGAAAUUAAGCAAACAGAAAAAUAAGAGAAUCGUUAACUCCAGAGAACAAAAAGUUGUGCAGGAAAAGUAAUUAUGAUUUAUAUGGCUCUUCCUGAUGUUAGAAGUGGUCAUGAUAAUAUAAACUCUGAAAGUCACUCUAGCCAUUGCUAGAGUUUAACUGUAAUUGGAGUGGAGAUACAGGAAAGGAGAAGGAUGAGGGAGCUUGGUGGGGGGCAAGUGGUUUCUAUAGGAGUAAAUAGAGUGGGGUGCCUGGGUGGCUUCAUCGGUUAAGCAUCUGACUUCAGCUCACGUCAUGAUGUCACGAUUCGUGAGUUUGAGCCAGUGUAGGCUCCCUGCUGACAGCGUGGAGCCUGUGUCCGAUCCUCUGUCCCCCUCUCUCUGUCCCUCUGCCAGGGGCAGAGGGUGUGUGUGUGUGUGUGUGUGUGUGCAUACAGUGCAUAUGUGCUCGCUCUCUCACACAAAGAUAAACAUGAAAAAAAAAAAGUUACAUCGUCACCUUCCAGGGUAGGAAGUAGGUAGCUAAUAUCUAAAACUGAAAAGCCAAGGACUAGUAACACAAGCGUGUUACAUACGGACAUUUCUAAGAGCUAUUUGGGGUAUAGCUAUCAAGAUCAGCCGGAAAGUUGAAAGGGUCCCUUGGAAGGGGAAGGGCCUACAAGCUGCUUUUUCUCAACACAACGUGUAUGGUAGUUGCUGCUUCGAUUCUGUGCAGGCAUGAUUUUGAAAAACACAAACCAACUUGAAACCCCAAAUCUAGAAUGCAUGGGGCACAAAAGGGGAGAUAUUUUUUCAUGAAGCUCGGUUGUGCACAUGAAUAUGUGUGCACUGGCUUGAUUUUGUUCAUGUGUUUCUUACUGUGGGUCAUGGUGAAAAUGUGAAAGCCAUCGUCUGCUGGUUUCUCAUUGCCCGUUUACUCCUCAUACGUCUGAGCUGCUCACGUAUUUUACAGUGGAGCACGUGCUACUUUUUUAAAUUAACAAUAAGACGGGGAGAGGGAGAAGGAAGGAAUCUUACAGGCUGAAAGAAUCCCAAAGUAGACAAGCCCUGUCUACAAGGACCGUAGAGGUCAUCACGUUGGGGGGCCAACAUCCUUGGAGGUUGGCACAUCCUCCCCCCAGCAAUGGCCAAUUUACAUUUAUAAUGCAGAGGUGGUAAUGGUUAAGUGCAACAGUGGAAACGUUUCUAGAAAAUCACUUAGCAGUCUACCCCCCCCCAUGCAACCAUUUCCACACUUUUAUAUUCCAUUUUGGCCUUCAACCACAUGCUUACAAAUUGUUCUGUAAUUGCAAACCAUGAUGUUCAGAUUUCAUACUUAAUGCAUAUUCUUUUUCUUUUGUUGGUUUAUUUUCUGGAGGCAGAUUCUUAGUCAUGACUUUAUUGGAUUAAGGGUAUGACUUUCUUUUUCUUUUCUUUUUUUUCUUUUUUUGGUUUUGAGUGUCUGUAACCAUAUUGCUUACCAAAGAGUGGUAACAAUUUACUCUGCUGCCAGCAAGGUGUGAACUUGGCAUCCUCAUCACGGACUUGGCAUCCUCAUCACAGGCUUGCCAGCAGUAGCUACGUGGUUAUUUUGUCAAAAAAAAGUGUGACAGGAGAUAGCAUCUCUGGAUCGUCGUUCGGUUUCAUUUCCAGUGAUGUUGAACAUUUUCUCAUCUGUUAAUUAUAUUGUCCUUCCCUUUCAUUUAAUGUCCGUCUCUUUUGUCCUUGUGUCUAAAACUGGAGUCUUUUGAGUAUGGAUUUUUAGACAUUGUAGAUUUUUUACCCUUUGUCAUAAUUGCUGCGGCUGCCGAAAACAUUGUUUCACUUAAAAAAAAUUUUUUUAAUGUUUAUUUAUUUUUGAGAGAGAGAGAGACAGAGUGCACACAGGGGAGGAGCAAAGAGAGGGAGACACAAUUUCAGGCAGGCUCCAGGCUCCAAGCCAUCAGCACAGAGCCCGACGUGGCACUCGAACUCACGAACUAUGUGGUCAUGACCUGAGCCGAAGUCUGACGCUUAACCGACUGAGACACUCAGGUGCCCCUGAAGACUUUAUUUUUAAGUAAUGUCUACCCCCGACAUAGGGCUCGAACCUACAAUCCCAAGAUCAAGAGUUGCAUGUUCUACAGGCUUUGCCAGCAGGCGUCCCUCAAUGGUAUUGGUUUUAAUUAAGUUCCUUAGUUGGUAGAGAGCGGAGUUCUGCCUUCCUCUGAUAUGACUUGGUUUAGCAAAUAAGAUGAGCUGUCAGGGACCACGGUUACUUCGGGGUCAUUUGGCUGCAUGUUGGGUCAGCUCUGGGCUUUAGUUUCGGCACCAGUGCCUUUGUCACCUUCUCGGGGUGCUGUGUCAGCGUGGGUAACCCUCAGGUGGGGUGGCCAGGGUGUUGAGGCUGUGAAGCGGCUGAACCAGACCCACUGGAGCUCAGCAUUGGCUUCGUUCCCCAAACUGAGGGCCCCAGGGGCUUGUGUCGGAGGCGUGGCUUGGACUGGGGUCCACACAGAUCUUCCCUUUACCUCCUUUGGUUUACAUUCAGAGAUCUUUGGUGACAGUGACGUUAGGGACCUGCUUCUACAGCCGGAGGCCAGCAGGGCAGAUUGCAGUGCGAGAGAGAGAGAGAGAGAGAGAGAGAGAGAGAGAGAGAGGCGGGCAGCCUUUCUUUCUGCUCCUUAGGCUCCCUGGGGGUGGGGAAGUGGGGUCACUCUCCCCGCCUGUGGUUACUUGAGUGCCUUUUCUUCCCACGGGGAAGAAUAAACAAGUGGGUGACAAAAGACUGAAAUGUUUCCCCUCAACAGUUUCCUCUUUUGUGAGUUGGAUGGGGAAAUGGUGUCAUUGGGACAUCCCCACGCCUAGACCUCACAGGGUUAUCUUGGUCCAACGAAAGUGGUGCAAUGGGUCGUGCAUGACAGGCGUUUAGGGGACGUGUCUGAGCGUGGUGCACGGUGUCAUGGAUGAUCAGGGGCUUCCUCGUCCUUCCCCGGUGUGGACCUGGCUAGUGCAGUUCCAAGUGUCUGAGUCUCCAGGAAGAUCCUGCCUCUCGGAAGAUGCACUAUUAUAGAUACUCUAACGCCGAGGUCAGCUGCUGGUAUAAGUACCUCCUUUUCAGCUACAACAUCGUCUUCUGGUUGGCUGGAGUUGUCUUCCUUGGAGUCGGACUGUGGGCAUGGAGCGAAAAGGGGGUGCUGUCCGACCUCACCAAAGUGACCCGGCUGCACGGAAUCGACCCUGUCGUGCUGGUCCUGAUGGUGGGCGUGGUGAUGUUCACGCUGGGGUUCGCUGGCUGCGUGGGGGCCCUGCGGGAGAACAUCUGCCUGCUCAAGUUUUUCUGUGGCACCAUCGUGCUCAUCUUCUUCCUGGAGCUGGCCGUGGCCGUGCUGGCCUUCCUCUUCCAGGACUGGGUGCGGGACCGGUUCCGGGAGUUCUUCGAGAGCAACAUCAGAUCCUACCGGGACGACAUUGACCUGCAGAACCUCAUUGACUCCCUGCAGAAAGCUAACCAGUGCUGCGGUGCCUAUGGCCCUGAAGACUGGGACCUCAACGUCUAUUUCAAUUGCAGCGGCGCCAGCUACAGCCGCGAGAAGUGUGGGGUGCCCUUCUCCUGCUGCGUGCCGGACCCUGCGCAAAAAGUUGUGAACACACAGUGCGGAUAUGAUGUCAGGACCCAGCUGAAGAGCAAGUGGGACGAGUCCAUCUUCACAAAAGGGUGCAUCCAGGCACUGGAGGGCUGGCUUCCACGCAAUAUUUACAUCGUGGCCGGUGUCUUUAUCGCCAUCUCCCUGCUACAGAUAUUUGGCAUCUUCCUGGCGAAGACCUUGAUCUCGGACAUUGAGGCAGUGAAGGCAGGCCAUCACUUCUGAGGGACAGAGGUGAGCAAGCAGAGCUGAGCCACGCCGUGGAGGCCAGAGCCCUUCCCCGUUGUCAACUCCAUGUCCAGAGGGAGGAAGUGGAUGCACCCAGCCAGAGCCGGCGCCCUGUCUUCAGCAUCAGCGUGACACGACCUCUCUGCUUCUGUUUGCUGGUGCUGAAGACUGAGGGCCCCCCCGCUCUAACCCACACAAACUUGUGACCGAGACGCUCUCCCCCCGCCACCACUUGGGGUCUACCCAGAGACGGAGAACGUGUCUUUAAGCGGGGCUGGCGACUGAGGGACAGAAGGCUCCUGUGGCUGUGAAGGGGGCCUGACUCAGUUCUCCUGGAGACUGACUGUGUCUGCAGGGCAUCCUGACCGCCCCACUCAUGUUAUCGGUGCCGGCCCGGAGGGCAGCCAUCUGCUGUGAGUGGGACAUGAGUGGGGGGGGGGGGGGGGACCAGAAGACACGGACAAGGCUUCUCCCAGCAGCAGAAGGGUGCUGCCUGUAAUUGGGGAGGGGAAGGGACACAAGUGGACCGUGCCAGCGGAGCCUGUGGUGUCUGCACGACUCGGGGAUGUUUGCAGGAUCCUCAGCCACGUUCAAGUAAGCCUGAGCCAUGUGUGGACCGGUGCCACGGAGGACCUCCUCUGCCGCCCCUUCCAGGGCAGGAACCGCCCCUCGUCUCAAUAGCAUUAUGCCCAGAUGGCACGGGGGCAUGGGCAGGGUUCUCCUCUGAGAGUCGGCUCUUCUUUUCUUAAAGUGUGUAAAUAGUUUAUUUAUAGGGAUAAGAAUGUUCUCACACCAUUUCUUCAUUUCCUCUGGCAUUCCCUCUAAGCAGCCUUACGCGGUGUCUGGGACUGAAGCCAUCCCUUUCAGUUCCUUUGAGUGUCUCAAGACCCAACCCCAUCAGCUUCUCCUUUUCAUCCCUAAUGACCCAGGUGCACACGCGCGCUCCCCCUUCCUCCGUGCACCCCCCAGCACCCGCGCCCCUCCCCUGCUUGGCCUCACUGUCUUCUGGUCUUGGUGCUACUGAAACUGUCAUCCGGAACUUGAAUCCUGACCUCCCCCCGUCCCCGCUGCGAGGCCAAGGAGCCCCAGCCAGAGAGAGCCGGCCCGGAACCUUUGACCAGGGCAGCUUUCGAGGCCACGUGGUCAGGGCCGCUGGCCGGCCUGGCAUUUGCCUCCCCCUGGAGUGAAUCUAGCCCGGCUCCUGCGUGGAGCCGCAGACCCUAGCCUGCAGCUGUGUAGAAGCUCGGGAUGGUUCCCCCCCCUCCAACUUUUGUGAUGACCUCCCCCCACUGUCCCCAAACAGGAUAUCUGUGGUGACCGUGUCUACCCUUCCUGGCAGGGCUAUCCUGGGGCUUGCUCUUGGAAAUGAAGUCUGUCUGAUGUACUGAAUGGUUCCCCCCCCCAGGGACAGCUGGGGCAUUUGUGCGUCUCUGGGCUACUUUCUAACGCUUCUCUGGAUCUCGUGCCCGUUCUGUCCUCAUUGUUCAGGGAUCGAGUGCUACCUUCACUUACUCGCAGAAGUGUACAUGCUAGUGUGGUGUAUCCUGGUGGGUGUUUGUUGAUGAUGUUAUGAUACAGUUUUUUUUUUUUUUUUUUUUUUUUUUUUUUUUUACAGUUUUCUCUGUAGACUAGAGGAAGAAGGAUGCUUGUGUUUUCAGGAAGUGUAAUGCUUUUCUUUGACCGCCAAACUCUUUUAUGGAAUAUAUCUUUGUAUUAAU